GUUACGUUCACAAAGUGGGUUACCGUUAAACCGCUCAGACAGGCCACCGCCACGGCAGUAACCAAGGUAGUCAGGGAAAACGUCAUACUACAACACGGCUGCCCCAAGAGGAUAAUCACCGACAACGGACGACAGUUUGAGAGCAAGGAAUUACGCGGACUACUCGAACGGGCCGGCAUACAGCACAGAAAGACACCACCGUACUCGCCGCAGUGCAACCCGGUGGAACGGGCGAACCGAACACUAAAAACAAUGAUCGCCCAGUAUAUAGAGAAGGACGACCGACGGUGGGACCAGAAACUCCCGGAACUGGUCUUCGCGAUGAACACCGCAGUGCAGGAGAGCACCGGAUUUACCCCGGCCAGACUGACAUACGGACGCGAACUCACCGCCCCGGAAACACUACACGCGCAAUGCCAACCGCCGUUAACAGACGACACCGACGAAACAAGCACCGCGACACGCGUCCAACAGCUCGACAGGAUGCCAGAGGAAGCCGCGACCGCCACCGCACGACAAAGGGACGCCACAUACCGCUAG